UCUAAGUUUCCGCCUUUUAUUAUGGAUGUUAAAACCUUGCUAAACAAUCUUCAUGAAGAAGUAUCCUGUUCUGUGUGCAUGACAACAUUCACUGAUCCAAAAACACUGCCAUGUUUACACAGUUUUUGCCUUCACUGCUUGCAGGGCAUUCAACGAGCGAGUGGCCGCCAGGAUAUCCUAACAUGCCCGGAAUGUAGAAGAGAGAGCAAAGUCCCUAGUGGAAGCCUCAACGACCUGCCCACCAACUUUCGAAUCAAUAGUUUGCUUGAUGUGUUGGCAAUCAAAGAGUGUAACACCACUGGCGUACAAUGUGGAAAUUGUGACAAGAAGAGCUCGAAGAGUUUCUACUGCUUCCAGUGUUGCACAUUCUGGUGCGAAGCCAAUUGUAUAAGCCUUCAUAAUGGCAUCAAAGCCAAUAAAGAACACCGAGUGUUGGCCCUCAAAGACUUUCAAACCGGAGAAUGCGAAGCAUCAGUGAAAGUAAAUGGCGAAGAUGUUCGUGGCAGCCCGUUUGUGAUUCAAGUCAAAACCAGACGUCAGCUCAGAGCCGUGUCAUCAUUUGGACAAGAGGGUGUGUCUGUUGGAAUGUUUAAUGGCCCUUGGGGGGUAGCAGUAAAUCAUCGAGACGAGAUAGCAGUAACUGACAUUGAUAACCACAGGGUCCAGAUCUUUAGUAGUGAUGGUACCUAUUUAAGAUCUUUUGGUAGAGAGGGGGGUGAGCUGGGGGAAUUUAACACCCCUUGUGGGGUAGCUUUUGAUAAAAACGGUAACAUUAUAGUGGUGGACUCUUGUAACCACCGUGUUCAAAUGUUCAGCGAGCAUGGUGAGUACUUAAGCCACUUCGGUGGCUUAGGAACUCUGGAUCACCAGUUAACCUUUCCCUAUGGUCUGAGUUUGGACAAGGACGGAAACUUUAUUGUUGCUGACAGUCAUCACUAUCUUGUCAAGAUAUUUUCCCCCAGUGGUAAGUUUUUACGCAAAAUUGGCGGACAUGGUAUUUUGUGGUUUCCCUUUCACUGUGUUCAACAUGAUCACCAGUUAACCUAUCCCCAUGGUCUGAGUUUGGACAAGGACGGAAACUUCAUUGUUGCUGACAGUUAUAACUAUCUUGUCAAGAUAUUUUCCUCCAGUGGUAAGUUUUUACGCAAAAUCGGCGGACAUGGUAUUUUCUCGUUUCCCCUUCAGUGUGUUCAACAUGACAAAUAUCUUAUAAUUUCGGAAUGUGAUGAAAAUUGUAUAAAAGUUUUCGAUAACAAUGGAAAUUUUCUGUACACAUUUGGAAAGGAGGGGGAAGGGGACGGGAAUUUCCACGAUCUUCGUUGCUUAUCAGUUACCGAGGCAGGGCAACUUCUGGUCUGUGACAGAAACAAUCACAGAAUCCAAAUUCUUGAGCUGAAUGGGAAAUUCUUUGCAAAGUUUGGGACGUACGGCAGCGAGAUAGGACAGUUAAGUGGACCAAUUUCUGCUGCAUUUCUUAGUGAUGGUAGAAUAGUUGUGACUGAUAUCGUUAACAACCGGCUUCAGAUACUUGAGUAAUUCAUUACGCUUAUCUAUAACUUUGAACCUGAAGUCUCGUCGGAUACACUUUUACAACCCGUAUUCUUUUAGUGGAAAACUCUGCCUCAGUUUUUUCCAAGUCAGUGUCUAACAGAGGUUUAGGUCUUAAAAAAAGACAAGCAGAAAAAAUAAAAUAAAUAAAUAAAUAAGAAAAAAAGGAAAAACAAAGCUCCUUCAAACUGCAUUGCCACAAUAUUCCACGAGGAUCGACACUUUGUCCUAGGCUCCCAGAAGAGCGCGAAGUCUUGGGCUCAAGGCUUCAAUCCCCUGAGGAUUCCAAAACCCCCGCUUUGGGACCAUGCUAAACAGUUUUUUUGGUUUUAUGUUAUUCAGUAAAGAAGCUAAAUCAAGUGCCCUUAACAAAAGAUAUGACCGGUCAUAUGAGUGUUAGCAAAAGAAAAAUAUUAUUACAGUUUUUUCAUUGACAAGUUUUAAAAGAAAUGGAACUAGAAUAUAUGAUUGUUUUGGUAAAUAGCAGGUAGCAAAAUGGAUUUAAUGAGAAACUGAAGUGAAAACAUGCAGGCUGCUCAAUUUAAGUCUACCAUCAAAAACACAAAUGCAAUUUUUAAAUUCUCUGAUUGUAGAGUAUACUGCCUCAGGCUUUUAGAAACUGAGAAAGGUAUUGUUUACCACACUUUAUACUUUCUGAUACGUAAGCUGUGCUUAUUAUAUAUUAUGCAAGACUUAGACCAUAAUCCUGAUCAUUGUAGACAGCGGAAAGCUUAGUGGGAAAAUAGUGAAAUUAAUCUUUAUUAUAUAGUGUACGUCAAGUUUAUUAUAUAAAUGUCAAUUGAGUUGAUCAGUAACUGCAAAUUGAAUUGUAU